AUGUGUGAUGUUUGUGCAGAGGUGCUUGCUCUUUUGGAGAACCAUGAUGACCGUGUGCAUGCUGCAGGAGGAUUGCAACUCACCAAAGCAGAAAUCCACUCAGUUAUCCAGUUUACAGCACUUUGGCCUCAGAGGCAUUGUAUGUGCUGCUUCAAAGACUUCAAAAACUUUGAACGCUUUAACAAUAUCAUCCAGAUUAUUUUGACAGUGGCUAUUCGCUUUAUCCAAACAUUGCCAGAAGAUCUUGCCAAAGAACGACAGAAUGUACCACCAACAGAAGAAGAAGAAAAAUCUGCAGGUGCUGGUGGAAGAUCCAAAGAUGGAGCAAAGGUAGAAUGUGAAAAUGAAGAGACUACUAAAGAAGAGGAAGUAGAGUGCGAGGAGUCUAAGAUGGAUGUGGAAGAAGAAACAAAGGAGGAACACUGGAGUGCAGAUGAGAAAGAAAAAUUGCUUCACCUGGUCACCAAGAUCUUCCUUAUGAAUUUCCCUUCCUAUACAGCAUACAAACAUAUUGUGCACAACUCUCUUGAGGAUCCCGAAUCACCAUUGUAUCUUCUGCGAAAUGUUUGCUUCCUGUGUGAUAGCAAUGGCAUCCAGGCUCUUCGUCAGUGCUUUGAAAAUGCUGUACCAGAAACUCUGCCUUUUAACUUUGCUCAUCUUCUCAUCAAUCUCAUUGCCAAUUUGAGAAUGUGGAUGAACAUACCCACAGUAUUGCAGUAUAUCAUUCCAUUACGCUCGUCUGUCAUCAGAUACAUGUGUCGGCUUUCUGAUGCUGAUUUGCGGCUGGCUGGCAACCGCAGCAUGACUGACCUGAUGUGGGCGGCUGUGAAGGAGCCUCUGGACACUCACUUUACUUUUGAUCGUGAGGGACUGGCAUUGGCAUAUAAGUACUUCACAUGCUCAACUCUCACAAUCCGCCUUACAGGAAUUACCCAGAUCAAUAACCAAAUAAACAUGUAUAAUGAGAGCUGCAACAACGAGAGUGUAGUGGAUGCUGAGAGAUUUGGUGAUGAGCUUGCCCAAUGGCUGUUGGACAAGAAAAUAGUGGAACACAUUUUUGGUCCUAAUCUGCAUGUUGAGAUAAUAAAGCAAAGUCAGGUAAUUCUGGCAUUCUUGGCCAUGGAGGGACGCAUCACCAAUGAGCACAUUGAUUGCAUCUGGGCAGCCAGUCAGUUGAAACACUGCGGUAAACAGGUGUAUGAUAUCCUAAUUCCUCUCAUCAAAAAUCUGGAACUGCAGCCUAACCGCCAUCUCCUGGAGCUGGUGUCAUCCCUUGAUCCGUCAGCUCACACAGAAUCGACUCUGUAUCUAGCCUCAGCACUAACAAAAUGCAUCUGGGCCAUGAGUCUGAGUAGUCACAGCCAUGUGCAUGUUGCAGCUGUGCAGCAACAGUUGCAACCACAUCUUGUGUCAUACACAGCCCUCAAGCAUGAUGGUGUUGAUGUUAAAGGUAAAACAGACAAACAUGAGACAAGUAGCACAGAUAGUGGGCCUGAUGAUGACGAUAGAAAGAGACCACGCCCUAAGCUGCCAAAGAAGAAGCGAGCAGGUGGAGCGGGUAUGGGGGUGCAAGAGAGGGAAGGGCAUGAAAGCACAAGCGAAGAGCAGUGCUGCGCCCACCACCGCCACCUGCCUAACGACGGCUUUGGGUCUGACAGUAGCCUAGGCGUACCGUCUGACCUUAGUGAGGAUAGCAUGCAGGUCAGAGAUGCCAACAUUUUGUGCCCCUUUCUAAGUUUCUUCAGGAGAGCUUUGACAUGA